AUGGCAACCGACACUCCCGAUCCGGAAAUUGUAUGGCGACCUUCGCAGAGGCAAGGAAAGAUGGCCAUGGAUGAGUACCGUGAACACGUCAACAAACUGUUUGCCUUGAAUCAUCAGAACACCAAAGACCUCCAAGAAUGGUCUAUUAAGCAUCCGCAUCUUUUCUGGCUCGAUCUCUAUAAAUACUUGGAGCUUGUGCCUCCCCUGCCGUCUACCAUCAACAAGGCCUACGAUGAUACGCUUCCAAUGAGCCGCAUUCCACCGUUUUUCUUGGGCCAUGAGAUUAAUUAUGCGGAAAAUGUGGUUUUUGCCAACCCAGACCCCGACGCGGUGGCAUUGAUCGGAAUUAGGGAAGGACAGGACAUCUACAGAGACGAAGGAGAAAUUCUUACUUGGCGAGAUUUCCGAGAGCGUGUCAGACAGACUGCAAGUGCGUUGAGGCAUAGUGGUAUCAAGAAAGGGGAUCGAGUUGCUGCCGUGGUCGCUACGUCAAAUUGGGCGAUCAUUAUUUUCCAUGCGGCGGCAUCGAUCGGAGCCAUCUUUACUUCCAUCAGUCCAGAGCUUGGACUUGAAGGAUGUAUUUCAAGACUACAGCAGGUCACUCCCAGCAUAUUAUUUGUCGAUAGCCACGCCAUUUACAAGGGCAAGGCAUUGGCUACCAAACAGAAGACCGAGAAGAUCUUGCUCCGGCUCAAACCGCGACCUCAAGUGUAUGUCAUACCGGUAGCCACCGGUGACAUCGGCGAAUUCUCUCCCAUGAACGACUUUUUGGGGAAGUCCGUUCUUUCCGACAAACUCUCAUUUACCAGGGUACCAUUUCACCACCCCCUGAUGAUAUGUUAUUCCUCGGGAACGACUGGGGCUCCAAAAUGCAUUGUCCACCAGCACGGCGCCGUUAUUCAAUUCAAAAAGAUAUCGGAGAUCCACGACUGCUUAACUCCAACAGACGUGGUCAUGCAAUACAGCAGCACGUCGUGGAUUGUGUUUUAUGGGAUGUGUGGUCAUCUGACGGCUGGAGUUACACUCGUCGUAUACAAUGGCAGUCCCUUGUUUCCAGACGCGAAACAACUCCUUCGGAUAUGUGAGAGAUACAAAGUGACUCUUCUGGGUGCGUCUCCGCGUCUGCUGCUGGAAAUCCAAAUGUCUGGAACAGUCCCGAAAAUCGACUUUGAUCUCUCGCCAUUGAAAACGUUCCAUACUACCGGCGCUCCAUUGUCCAUAGAGCAAUACAGGUGGUUUUACCGUUGCUUUCCACCUUCGGUACAAAUCUGCAACAUUGCUGGGGGAACUGAGACGGGCACUGCUCUCAUUGCUCUGGAUCCAUCUGGGCCAAUCAACGCAGGCGAAAUGCAAAUCCUUGGACUUGGAAUGGAUGUCGAUAUUCUGGACCCAGUGACUGGGGAGUCGAUUGCACAUACGGGAGAAGCGGGUGAGAUGGUAGUGAAGAAGCCGUUCCCGAGUAUGCCAUGUUUCUUCUGGGGUGACUCCAAUGGCAAGAUAUACAAAUCGGCCUACUUCGAGCGCUUUGAUAAUGUCGACGUCUGGGCGCAGCGUGACUGGCUGAGGAGAAAUCCGAACACGGGAGGCUAUAUCAUGCAAGGAAGGAGCGACGGUAUCCUCAAUCCUUCGGGUAUCCGUUUUGGGAGCGGUGAAAUAUAUGCCAUCAUUGAAAAACGCCCAUUCACCGAUUACUUUGGCAACUGCGUUUGCGUUGGUCGCAGAAGACCGACUGACGUGGACGAGCAGGUUUUCCUCUUUCUUGUGAUGAAGCCUGGGGUUUUACUUACACAAGGUCUGCGCAACCAAAUUGAAACAGCGAUCCGAAAUGGGCUAUCUCCCCGCCAUGUACCCAAAUUCGUAUCUGCGGAGGCCCCUCACAUUAAUUCUGCUGACAAACGCCUCGGUGUUGUUCCCGAGAUCUCGAGUGAAUCGAAGGAGUCUACUCACACUAGGAGGCAAACUGCGUUCAGUCGAACCGUAUUGGGUCCCUUUCCAACUGUCCCUGUAACCUACAUCGAGGUGAACAGCCAAGCACCAAAUCUAGGAACAUCCUACAACACCACAAUGCGGGAAACCGGCCUCCUCCCCGCAAGUCACAUUUCCAAGCACAACAAGCCCGAGGACUGCUGGAUUGUGGUUAAUGAUGAAAUAUGGGAUGUAACUGAUUUCGCACACGAACAUCCCGGGGGAUCUGCCACUAUCUUCAAGUAUGCUGGGCGAGACGCCACUGAAGCUUAUUCGGAAAUUCAUGGUGCCUCAUUGAUCAGAGAGAAUCUCUCUCAGGAUUCCUUCAAAGGUAAUCUUGAUCGAUCAACAAUUACGGAAGAUUGGAAGAUUGCUACCACUAGAAAUUCGCCCACAGCGAUUCGUCCCGAGGGCGACAGGCCCCCUUUACACACAAUCAUCAAUAGUUACGACUUUGAGCAAGCGGCUGCCCUCUCGGCGCCUAAGAAAGCAUUUGCAUUUUACUCAACAGCCGAUACUGAUUGUUGGACGCGCGACGCAAACAAUGCGAUGCUCAGGAGAAUUUGGUUUAGACCAAGAGUGAUGAAAGACGUGUCUGUUGUGGACACGUCAAGCACAGUUCUCAACAUUCCCGUUUCGUUGCCGCUUUUUAUCUGUCCUACCGGCGUAGCAAAGCUGAUCAAUCCCGAAGCUGAGAAGGGGUUGGCACGUGGUGCAAAGUCGACUGGAAUUUUGGAGAUAAUUUCUACUGCGGCAAGUCAUCCAAUUGAGGAGAUUGUCCAACAGGCUCCAGAUUUCCCAUUUCUAUUUCAGCUGUAUAUGAACAAACAGCGCGAAAAAACCAGGGAGCUUCUGGAAAAGGUCGAAUCUCUCGGGAUCAAGGCGAUUUUCUUGACCGUUGAUGCGGCUGGAAGAGGCAAGAGAGAAGCAGAUGAACGGCUCAAAGCGGAUAAUGAAGUUAUUAUCAACCCAGUUACCGGCGAGCGGGCCGAAGGGGGGAAAAGAGGCAACGGACUGACAAGAACUAUGGGGAGCUAUAUUGACCAGGGAAUGACCUGGCGUGAUAUCCAAUGGAUCAGGAAUAUUACCAGUCUUCCAAUUAUCCUGAAAGGCAUUACGGGUGCUGAAGAUGCGAAGAUUGCAAUGCAACACAAUGUCGAUGGUAUCUUGCUCAGCAACCACGGAGGUCGCAAUCUUGACUAUUCGCCACCAGCGAUUCUCUUGCUACUGGAAAUGCACAAGAACUGCCCCGAGGUUUUUAACCAAAUGGAAGUAUACGUCGACGGUGGCUUCCGGCGAGGAGCUGACAUUGUGAAAGCACUUUGCCUUGGAGCAAAAGCUGUUGGUAUCGGUCGUACCUUCCUUUAUGCAUUACAUUAUGGGACGGAGGGCGUGGAGCAUCUUGUCCAAAUCCUCAAAGAGGAGGUUGAAGGCGUGAUGAAGCUCAUCGGUAUCAAAAAUCUCUCGGAGGUACAUCCAAGGCUUGUCAACACUUCGGACAUAGACCACUUAGUCCCGGAUGGUGCAGAUCAUCCGAUGGGGAGUGGAACUGGCUCUGAGGAGUCCGAUGUGACUCCCAGCGCAUUUACAAAGACCGACCCGCUUCCGACCAUAAGAUUCGAAUAA